AUGGCUGACGGGCUGAGGAAGACCGCGCCUGAAGUGGUGAGUGAUAUGGUGACCAGCCUGCCUGGGGCCAGUGUGACCCUGACCUGCCCGGGCGGGGAGCCGGGGGACAAGGCCACCGUUCACUGGCUGCUGGAGAACUAUGUGGCAGGCUCACACCAGAGCAGCUGGGCUGCCAUGGGAAGGAGGCUGCUUCUGAGGUCGGUGCAGCUCAGUGACUCCGGAAACUAUUCAUGUUACCAGGAUGGCCGCCUGGCUGGAACCGUGCGUUUGCUGGUGGACGUGCCCCCUGAGGAGCCCCAGCUCGCCUGCUUCCGGAAGAGUCCGCUCAGCAAGGUAGCCUGUGAGUGGGGUCCUCGGCGCCCACCCUCCCCGACGACCAGGGCCACGUUACUGGUGAGGAAGUUCCGGAGCAGCCCGCUGGGGGACUCCCAGGAGCUGUGCCUGUAUUCCCAGGGGUCCCGGAAGUUCUCCUGCUUGCUGGAGGUCCCGGAGGGAGACAACUCCUUGUAUGUCGUGUCCCUGUGCGUCAGCAACAGUGCUGGAAGCAAGUCCAGCAAACCCCACACGUUUGAGGGCUACGGAAUCUUGCAGCCUGACCCGCCUGCCAACGUCACUGUCACUGCUGUGGACGGAAACCCCCGCUGGCUCAGUGUCACCUGGAAAGACCCCCCCUCCUGGAACUCCUAUUUCUACAGGCUGCAGUUUGAGCUCCGGUACCGGGCUGAACGGUCACAGACGUUCACCACGUGGAUGGUCCAGGAGCUCCAGCACCACUGCAUCAUCCACGAUGCCUGGAGAGGCAUGCAGCACGUGGUGCAGCUCCGGGCGCGGGAGGAGUUUGGGCACGGCUCCUGGAGCUCGUGGAGCCAGGAGGCCACGGGCACCCCCUGGACAGAAUCCAGGAGCCCUCCAGCGGAGAGUGAGGCGGCGUCCUCCACGCAGGCACUGACUACUAACAAGGACAAUGAAAGUAAUCUCUCUAAAAAUCCUGCAAAUGCAACCAGCCUCCCAGUGCAAGACUCUUCUUCGGUGCCGCUGCCUGCCUUCCUGGUGGCCGGAGGAAGCCUGGCCUUUGGGACUCUCCUGUGCGUCGGCAUCGUCCUGAGGUUCAAGAAGACGUGGAAGCUGCACACGCUGAAGGAGGGCAAGGCGAGCGCGCACCCGCCGUACUCGCUGGGACAGCGGGUUCCCGAGAGGCCCAAGCCCACCCCGGUGCUGGUGCCCCUCAUGUCCCCGCCGGUGUCCCCCAGCAGCCUUGGGUCUGACAGCACCUCGAGGCAUGGCCGACCGGAUGCCAGGGGCCCGCAGAGCCCUUACGACAUCAGCAACAGAGACUACUUCUUCCCCAGAUAG